ACGUUAUUUGACAUUGACACAUUGAUGUUUAUAAAUAAAAAUAAGUACAAAAUCUUAGUAAUUAAAAAAAUAAUGUUAUAAUCCAAUUUAAUCAAUAUAAAAUGUUACCAGGAAUAGGAUUAUUUGGUACCGGACCUGUGGUGAAAGUAUUAGUUCCUAUACUACUCGAAAAUGGAUUUAAAAUCGAAGCUAUUUGGUGUCAGACGCGGCAAAAUGCUCAAGAGGCAGCCAAGGAAUUGAAAAUACCUUUUUUUACCGACACAAUCGAUGAAGUUUUGCUUCGCAAAGAUGUAGAUUUGAUAUUUGUCUUAUGUCCUCCGAAUUUGCACGCACAGAUAUCUGUUAAAGCUCUGGGGAUAGGAAAACAUGUUGUUUGUGACAAGCCUGCAGGACUAAAUCAAGCUGAUGCUCUCAAGAUGGUAGGAGCUGGCCAAUACUAUCCAACUUUGAUAUCUCUUAUAAAUCAUUCCUUCCGCUUCCUCCCAGCUUUCAUACAAAUGAAAAAAGCACUCAAAGAGAAUUACUUGCAAUCACCUAUCACUCUCAUUGAUAUCAGAAUCCAAAGUGGUGGUUUGUUUAAUGAUUCAGACACUUUUGACUGGAAAUGUGAUGAUAGAAUGGGUGGAGGUACUUUGAAUUUGAUAGGAAGCCAUGUAGUAGAUCUUAUAACAUUCUUAACAGGCCAGAGAGCUGUAAAAGUCCAUGGGGUUGUAAGGACAUUUACAAAGAACACAAAUAACAUAAAUGGUAUUCGUAAUAUAUCAGCGCCAGACUUUUGUACAUUCCAGAUGGAACUUCAGAAUGGCAUCUUAGUGACAGCCACAUUGAAUAGCCAUACAGUUGGAAGUACUUUCAAUCAAGAUGUGAUGAUUUGCAGCAGUACUGGACAUUUGGUAGUAAGAGGAGGCGAUUUGUUUGGCAGAAGAAACAAAGGAAAUGAAGAAGUAUUAUAUCUAGAUGUAGAGGAUCUAAAAUGUCCAGUUCCCAACUCUAUACUACCUAAAACAUUUGUCAAAGGCUUGUGUAAGAUGGUGUCAGCUUUGCGUGAAGCAUUUUUACCAAAUAAUGAGAAAGAAGGGUGGAUAAAGGAGCCAGUCCAAGCAGCGGCGACUUUUGAAGAUGGCUUGUAUGUUCAAGCUGUACUUAGUGCAAUCAGGGAGUCUUCACAGACCAGACAGUGGGUGAAAGUCAAAGUCUUGACUGAACAACCAGACAAAAAUGAACUAUUGAGUGCUGUUGUGAGGAGAACUGCUAUUACUAUUUCUUAAAUACCUAUAUUAUGCAUUUUUAUUUAUAUUUUUUUAAAUUUUAACUACAGUUUUUAUGUUUAUUUAUUUUUUGUAUAAAUUUAUUUAAAUAAAAUCUUAUUAAAUAGC